CCUUCUGGAAGACGCGGACAUGCUGCCCCGCCGGCUACCGCCGAGCGCUUCCGGGAGCAGAGGCCGGCACCGCCCAAGGGGUGGACUCGUCACGCCCGGAUCAGCCCCGCGCAGCGCCAUGGUGAGGCCGUGGCGGGCGCUGCACAGGGCGCGGGGCUGGGCGGCCCUGGCGGGGCUGCAAGCGCGGCCGGACAGGUUCGGGGGGGUGAGCGUGGACUUGGCCGAACUGCGGCAGCCCCUGCGCCUGGAGCGGGCCACCUUCGGGCGAUGGCUGCGGGGCGCGGUAGCCCAAUGGCGGGAGGAAGGCCGCGUUGCUGUCUGGCUGCAUGUCCCCAUUCUCCAGAGUGGGUUUGUGGCAGCAGCCGCUUCACAAGGCUUUACUUUCCACCACGCUGAGCAGGGCUCGUCCACCUUGACGCUAUGGCUGGGAGAAGGGCCCAGCAGGCUGCCAGGGUACGCCACUCACCAGCUGGGAGUUGCAGGUGCUGUUCUAGAUGAAAGCACUGGAAAGGUGUUGGUUGUACAAGACAGAAAUAAGACUACAAAUGCAUGGAAAUUUCCAGGAGGUCUCUCUAAUCCAGGCGAAGACAUCGGAGACACAGCAGUUCGAGAGGUGUUUGAGGAGACUGGCAUCAAGUCAGAGUUCAAGUCCAUCCUAAGCAUACGGCAGCAACAUGAACACCCUGGAGCCUUCGGGAAGUCGGAUAUGUACAUCAUCUGUCGUCUGGAGCCCUCCUCCUUCAACAUCAGCUUCUGCCAGCAGGAGUGCCUGAGGUGUGAGUGGAUGGACCUCGGUGAGCUUGCUCAGACGAAACUCGCUACUCCCAUCACCAGCAAUGUAGCUAAACUCUUACUGUAUGGAUACAGGGAGGGGUUUGACAAGAUCGAUCUCACCAUGAGAGAGUUCCCUGCUGUCUACACAGGCCUCUUCUACAAACUGUACCACAGGGAGCUGCCUGAGUCCUACAGAAGCAUGAUGUGAUAGCAAUACAUUUCACAUUUCAUUACAGUAAUAAUUUAGGAUUAUUGUUAUUAUUGUAGUGUUACAGAGAUCAUAUUAAAAUUAUCUAUGGACUUCUUUUUAGGUAAUUAUUAGAAAGUAAUUGUUUAUUCUCUAACAAGUUAUAGAAAUAUAAAUUAUUUUUAAAGGUAAAUAUUGCUGUAAGUGUGCAUCAGAUUUGUUUUCUUUUACUCUGUAAAGCAAGCUUAAGGCAAAUAAAACAGCUCUACAUAGAUAUCUAGCACAAAACAGAAGUAUUAUUGAUCCUGAAAAUGUAUCUUCCAAGUAACUCUACCUCCGCACACACUGGCACAAUAGGUUUAAAGAGCAAAGUUAGACAGGAGGAAACAUUCAUGGUUUAAUCUGGUAUUUGCAAAAGUAGUGAUGAUCAGCAAAUAAUUGCUUAUGGUUUUGCUACUUCAGAGAGGAGCAGGAAACUCGACAUCUUCAGCGUAGUGUGGCGUGUGUGCUCAGAAUCUGCCAUGGAAAUCAGCUUUUAGCUGACAUAGGAAGGAAAAGGAUAGCUUUCUGUCCAGGUCCAGUUUUUGGUCCAGGUUUGUACUGCCCAGUUCUUUUCAGCGCCACGUACCAAUCAGAGUAUUUCCGGGAUCGAUAAGUGUUAUAGUUAUUAGAUUCCAAACGCUCAAAAAAGAAACAUUCUUCCGUUGCACAUUUCUAAAAGGGAAAAAGAAAAGGGUUAUUGAUAUUCCGCACAAAGCAAUUGUUCAGAUUCAUGGGUCUAAGUUACCAACGACAUGAAUUAGCAGUACAUUCGGUUUUAAGAAAUUCACAUGAAAUGUUUCAUAUUUGAAGAGAGAUACAGUUACUGUGAAAAUACCAUUAAACACACCUGCAAGAAGAGCAGCUUUUAACUAUGGUUUGUUCAUUGUCUUUGACACAGACCAAGCAUAUUCUAGUUUGGUUUCAUUACCUAAGUCUUUGUUCUGAUCUAAAAUUCA